AUGUUCUUCUCACAAUUCUUGGGUUUCCUAUCAAGUCUGACCAUUACCAGGUCGGUACCCAUCUCUAUGUUUCCCUUGGACCUCUCAACUGACCUCUCCAUCCAGACAUCGGUUAAACUUGUGUAUCGUAUCAAGACCAAUGAUCCAUUUGAAGAUAUUGGAAAGGCUUCAAUCGCCAUCCAGAAAGGCAUCACCCUACACGACAUUUUCGGGCGAUCUACAGACGUCAACGUCGACACAGUGAGAUCUAUGAGUCUGGAUAGGGCCAGUUUACCAGCGACAUUUGAGAGUAUCCGACUAGCGAUGAUACGCGCACUCGUUACACAGAUAUCAAAGGUUCAGACCCUCAGAACUGACAAUACCUCUCGCGAUGCUCAUCCUCCAGAAGAAGUCAUGACGAUUGUUGACAACAUCAAACCUGUUGUAGGAUGUAUCGAUGGUAUAGUCAGUGAUGCUAGUCCCCAUCUUGUCGUCAGUCGCCUAGGGCAUGCCUUUACUAUUUUGAAAGUGCUUUGGCCAAAAGACUUUGAGAUUGAAUCGAACUUCCAUGCGUCUAUGCCCGGGGCGUACGGAGACGAGGAAUCUGACACUGGUCUUCUCCACGACAUUCCUCCUGACUGCCCUAGAGCACUCAGAAAGCUUAUCACAGAUUUGUUUCUGACUCAGAAUGCCCCAGGGAUCACCCGAGCUCAACUUUCUGUCAAGAGCUGGGAAGCAGCCAAGAGACCAACAUUGACAAGUCAGUUCAAAUGUGUACCAACCUUUGCCGGAGCUCUCGCGACAUUCAGCCAUGAUUUAUAUCAUCGCUCGACAGAUCCCUCAAGACGCACCGAGCAAGCAGUGUCUCAGUUCCAAGACGUGAUGGGCGUCAUUCAGUUCUGUCAUCUUGUCAUCAUCACCCAACUUGACGCUCCGUACGAAUGGUACUGUAAAUCCACUGAGGGCCAUCAGAUCACGUCAGCCGCCUUGGGGGCUUUGCCGUCGUACUUUUCUGGAGCUUCGUUAUUUUCCAGAGUCCUAGCUUCAUCAUUCAUGGAGAGUUUGGGCGUAGGAGCCAUUUCCGCCGCUGGAGUAGGUGUUACUGGUGGUAUAGCUGUAUUGUUUGCAAGCACCGCUGUCAUUAACCAUUUUCUCAACAGGCACAAAGAGUAUCUCAACCUGACAUUUCCUGGUGCUCUAUCUACCAUCCUACAAGCACUUGGUCUUCCAAUAGCUGAGUCCGAAGACAUAGUGGAGAAGACUUUACUCGAUCGUGUAAGGCAGGAUAUCGGAGGUUGUCGUGCCCCAAAGACGUUAGAGAAGUGGAGGAUAAAGCUCGAGGAGGGCUUGAAAGACUAUCCCGGGGCAAAGGCCAACCAAUGGUGCAUCACACCUACCUCGUUCUGGCCUAGAUGGCUUUCCAGUGUUGCUCAAGUCGCCCAGCUCCGCCUACAGCUCUCGGACAAGAUCUGCAUCGGGUCGUACGACUCCAUUGACCUUGGUGGCAUUUACCUUGACAGUCCCGGCUUUGACGAUCAAAAGCCAGAGAUCAAAUACAUGGCUGAUGUGUUCCAAGAGCUAUUCGCCAUUGUUAUAAUCGUCAUCCCCAUGGACCGAACACGAUCUGAGGCCACUGAAAGCGCCCUACGUAUAGCUAUCAAGCUACUCCGUGACCAAGAGGAUAAGCGACCGCUACGGAUUCUACUGAGCCAGGCCGAUGGUCUGGACCACCACCGUAACAACAAGCAGGUCUUCAGAGACACUCUACGCGAUGUCAAGGAACAGUUCAUGUCCAGAUUUAGACAAGAGCUGGGCGAAGACUUCACCACUUUCAGACAACAGCCGUUCCAUGAUGGAGUUGUUUGCAAAUCGGAAAGGCUGGAAGAUAUCAUCAAGCCAUUCUCGACGCAUGCCCAGAUGAGUUUAGACGGCAUUAGUGCAUUGGCAGAUUGUCCUCCUGGAACCCCGUGCAAGAUUGAAAGAGCGAGCCACUUUGGGAAUUUGUGCGAGUUAGCUGAUGCGGGAGAGAUAUGGGACAUUGAGUCGCUACGGUCCUGGCUGCGGGAUCUUUCACCCACCAGCGUGCCGAUGUUGAGUGGCCUCUUAUUGCUCGUCAUGUCUGAUCCACAAACCAGCGACAAGGCUUUUGAUCAGCCUGCGCCGACAACAAGCACCGCGCCCCAGGAAGAAGUUCCGAUAGGGCUGCUCCCCGGUCAGCAUUGGACGCAGACCGAGCCUGAUCAGGACGACGACGACGACGAUAAUGACUCAACAUUAUCAGACUCCGCAAGCUCAACGGCUUCACUUUCCUCCGAUAUCUUGCGCUACCGAGAGAUCAACGGUAGGCGAUAUCAUAGUGAACAAGGCGAUGCUCAGUACUGGAUUUCGAAUGACAAUCAAGCCAAUGAAGCGCUGGAUAUCAAUCACCACGUUCUGAUUCUCAUGUACAACGAUAAACUUUUCAAAGCGCCGUUGAAGGACAAUAUACAGUCUGCCUCGGUCAAGAACGUUGUAGACAUUGGAACAGGCACAGGAAUUUGGGCCAUGGACUUUGCGGACGAGUUUCCCAGCGCAAAAGUGGUUGGGAUCGAUAUUUCCCCAAUCCAGCCAGGCUGGCUUCCACCAAACCUCGAAUUUCAAAUCGACGAUUGUACCCAGGAGUGGACUUUCAAAGAAAACUCACUUGAUUAUGUACAUAUGAGAUUCCUAGUCGGCAGCAUUAUUGACUGGCCCGGACUGUUCAAGCAAGCAUAUAAAUGCCUGAAGCCAGGAGGCUACAUCGAAAGCCAUGAGUCCUCGCCUUGUAUUGGGAGUGAUGAUAACUCGGUAUCCGAAGAUAGUGCCAUGGGCCAAUGGGGUAAGAUCUUUAUGGAGGGGGGUCGAAAGCUUCAACGACCAUUUUCUGUUCUCGAGGAUAAUAUUCAAGUUGAAAGCAUGAAGGAAGCAGGAUUCGCGAAUAUUGAGGAAGAAGAAAUCAAAGUGCCCAUCGGCGGAUGGCCUGAAGAUCCGAAGCUCAAAGAGGCUGGUCAAUAUUUCCAGGCUGCAAUUCUACAGGACGUGGAAGGCACUCUCAUGUUCAUUGCAAAUCUCUUGGGGUGGAGUAAAGAAGAGAUCCACGUUUUUGCCGCCAGGUACCGUCGGGAGAUCAGGUCAAAGAAGGUCCAUGGGUACUUUCGUGGAAAGGUGGUUUGGGCGCAGAAGCCACUUGACAGCUAA